CAGAACGAUCGCGCUGAACCCCGGAAGUGUGUGUGUUCCUCGUUAUUAUUUCAAAUCUAGAGAAUCUCUUUAACAGUCCUUGAAAUGAAAUCAUUUCUUUAUUUGUGUUUAUCACUCAUCUGAGGAUCACAGUCAGUGGAUAAACAUUUAAUCUGAAGCCGGUCCCAGACUGUGGAUGCCUUUAAGUUCAGACCCAACAGGGUUUGAGAGGAUGUUACAGUGAGGGUCACUCUGUAUGGACAGAAUGCAGUCUUCGGGACACCGGUUGAGGGAUGUGGAGCAACAUCAGCCUCUGCUCAAUGGAGGAGAGGAGGAGGUGGCCUCCGGUCGCGUCUGGUUCAUCCAGGACAGCUGCGGGAUGGUGUGCGCCUUCAUGACCUGGUCCCUGGUGAUGUACGCCCAGUUUGUUGUCAAUUUCGUCAUGCUGCUCCCUUCAAAAAGCUUCUGGUACUCUCUCAUUAACGGCGUGGCCUUCAACUUCAUGGCCGUGCUGGCACUGACGUCUCACCUGCGGACCAUGCUGUCUGAUCCGGGAGCGGUUCCUAAAGGGAACGCCACUAAAGAAUACAUGGAGAGCUUGCAGCUGAAGCCGGGAGAGGUGAUCUACAAAUGUCCCAAAUGCAGCAGUAUUAAACCAGAGCGAGCGCACCACUGCAGUAUCUGUAAGAGAUGCAUCAGGAAGAUGGAUCAUCACUGCCCGUGGGUCAACAACUGUGUGGGCGAGAACAACCAGCGAUUCUUCGUCCUCUUUACUAUGUACAUAGCCUCUAUUUCUUUGCAUGCGCUCUGUCUCAGCGGUUUCCACUUCGUCACCUGUGUUAAAGUCCAGUGGAACGAAUGCAGUGAUUUUUCUCCUCCUGUGGCCGUCAUGCUCCUGAUUUUCCUGUGUUUAGAGGCUCUGCUGUUUCUCACUUUCACCGCUGUGAUGUUUGGCACUCAGAUUCACUCCAUCUGUAACGACGAGACGGAAAUCGAGAGGCUGAAGAAUGAGAAGCCCACAUGGGAGAGGCGGGUGCGAUGGGAGGGAAUGAAGGCUGUUUUUGGCGGCCCGCCGUCUCUUCUGUGGUUCAACCCUUUCGCUGGACUCCGCCUCCAGCGUCUGCUCAUGGUCCGCGGUCGGAAGGGCGGGGCAGAGUUCUCUGUUUGAGCGAAGAAUGUCGUACACUUGUAUGCCUUUAACCCCGCUCAGAUUGGAGUUCUUCCUUAAUGCUGUGGCAGGUUUGAUGGUACUACAAUAAAAUCCUGCACAAUUAUUGACGUUGCCCCUGGAACAACGACUCGACACGGCCCGUCUGUGUCCACACGUUAUUACCUCCUAAGGCGGAUCGUACUUGUUUUGCUUGCAUCGUCUUCAUGAACGUGCACACUCAUGGAUUUAGUUUCUUUUCAAGUGGACUAGGUUUUGGAAAUCUCGAAACAUUUAAAGGAUGUCAAUGUCUCUUAUUCAGCCUAAAGAAAUCACUUGCUGUUUAAAUAGAGCUACUGUGUGACUAAACUCAUUCUCAUCUCCGGUUACCAAAUGCUGGUUAAUCAAACAUCAUAAACCAAACAGAAUUUUGUGAGGGAAUGUGUUUUGCCAAGAAUGGUUUAUCGGGUGAAUCUCUGUUAGAAAAUGUCGAGGUCAUAUUUCUCCUCUAAAACAAAAGAACAAAGAGUCUUGUUUAGGACCAUUGAAAUGUUUUUAGCAUAGUUGACAUACAGAAGUCUCAUUCUGAUAGAUGCAAUGUGAAUGUGGACAUUCUAUAUUUAAUUCAAUCAUAGUAUGCAUUUUUGAUUUACAGUAAUGAUUAGUUUAGUAUUUGUUGGUGCUUUGCUACAUUCACGCACCACAGACUUCUUGGUUUUCUGGUGAAAUAUUCAUCCGAAACAUUUCUUGAGAUUCACCCUCAUAGGUAUUAAGAGCUUGCAGCCAGUAUCUAUCACACGUUUAGCACAUAAUGUAAGUGAUGAUGUCAUUUUAAAUCAUCUUGUUUUCAUGUAUUGUAGAGAUAACUAGAGCCUCGUUCUGUACAAUGAACGCCAGUCCCACAAAAUGCUUAUAGCUAGAUGAGUUUAUAUAGCUUAUAGCCAUAUAGUUUAUAUAGCUUAUAGCUAUAUAAAUCUUACACAUGCUGUUCUGGUAGAUAAAGAUAAAUCACAUUAUGACAUACGUGAUUAAAGUAUGUCCACAUCAGGUCCAUGAUACUAAGCCAGCAACUGAACUGACUAUCACAGAGGCUGACUAUCCCAUUUAUUUCAUGUCACAUCGUGUUUUGUUUUCAUCACUUUUAAUCUGUGGACUGCGUGUAUUUUAGUUUAGAUAAUGGAUUUUAUGUUGACCACUGAGUUUUCCUUUUGGAAAAUGUUUUUAUGUAAUAAAGCUGGAAGCCGUUUGGAAGGGUGCGUCUAACUGCAGGAAUCUAACAAAACCUGCUGAUAUAAUAAAAGAAUAAACACUAAAUUGUAAUUUGCAUAAAGAAAGUGGAGCACAAACCAUAUUGUCAUAUUCUGGCUGAAAACAUCAAGAAUGUUUUGUUCAGGUGUUUUUGGUUGACUUUGGAAGCUCAGUUUGAGGGCUGAGAACAAGUCGUUUUGAUUUGCAAAACACCAUUAGUUUCAUCACUAGCUUAAUUUCCCUUAGUAAAAAAUAUUUUUUUAUCUUCUUUUUGGUAGGAAAUGUGACCCGAACAAGUUUUGUGAGAUUCAAACUGUAUGAUUAAAAUCGUAGUUUCUUCUCAGAAAUAAAUGACAAAUGAGAGAACAAAAAUAAUGUUUGUGCAUGAGAUCUAUAUCUCAGCUCUAGACCGGUGCAGGAGGUCACGUGGGGCUUUCUAUCACACUCCAUUUCAACAAUCUAUAGGUAAAUCUUUAUAAAACUCGUGGAUAUUAUGUUUACAAUACUGUCAUGUGUUUUCAUGUGUAAAUUUGAAAAUCAGAAAAUGCGUCUUUGUGUCAAGUCCGGUCAGGAAUGUCCAUUAUUUUCUAUUUGAGAUGAGAUGCAUUUGAACAAAAAUGACUAGUAAUUCUGAACAAACUGACAAAUGAUUCUUGCAUAUUUAUGAUGCCAGAUACAUUAAUAUAGAUCAAAUCAAUCAGAACGGUUUGUUUCUCCACCAUUGCAAUGCCAGCAUUUUAAUCAUGUUUUGAGCGUCCCAUGUUAUGAUUUAUUUUCAAAAACAACAUUGAAGGACCUUGUUUUACACAAUCCCUUAAGAGAUUUUAUUAAUAUGCCACUAGAGGAAGUAUGAAUUGUAAACUAUAAGAGCAGUGCAAAGAUUUUAUAAGAUGUUCCUCAGAUUAGACUGGCUAUAAUUUCUGUUUUAUUAAACAACAUCCAAGUCAUUCUUUUUCUGUAAAGGGAAUGUGUACUAUAUGCAAUCCCUGAAGAUUAUGUGAUGAGACGACAUGCCUUUUAUCAGCACAUCCCUAAGAAUGUAUCUCAUAUUUUUAUACAUUUUUUUUCUUUUGCGUAGAGGAACAAUUAUUUGUAAUGUUUUUGAAGUAGACGUGUUUUGCAUUAUGUACUCUGACAGUAUUUGCCUGACAUCAGUUCUAUUUCUAAAAAAAAAAGUAGACUUGUGACUCUAGAUAUUACUUGACUUUAAAACUAACUGUAUAAGAGGGUUUUGGUCUUUGAUCGAUUGUUGAAAGCCUUGGAUUUAUAAACAAGUGUGAUCACAUGAUCAGUGUGAUACCUGUGGCCAUAAUGUCAACAAAAUGUGGAAAAUGAAUCUCUAGUUUUUCCCAAUAUUCGAUCAUUCUUCUUACUGGCCUGAACUUGGCUUGUUGAAGACAGAGUUUGCAGGCAGGAAGCUACGGUUAUAAAAUGAUGUCUGUAAUAAAUGUGUAAGCAAAUAUUGUUCUGAUACUUUCAUCAAGUGUCAUGUUCUUUCUUAUGUAAAGUUCUUUUACGUAAUAAAGUCAUUAGUUUUAAAAGUUACUGCAACCCAGUUGUUUUCAGGCCUUUUUUCAGUCAUGUACGGAUAUGAUGAAAGCACUUCUAUUCAAAUACUAACAUAAAACUACUAAAUACUAACUAAGAGCUGGACAUCUAAACACCUACUCACUUUUUAAUAAGUAUUUUUACAAUUACCUAGAAAUGUCGACGUUUUC